AUGGCGAUGAAACGAAAUGGGAAGUCGCAUGUCUCCUCCGACUCUGAUGAAAAAUUCAUUUCCUUCAAGGAUGUCUCUCUAGGUCCCCAUGAAGCUCAACUACGCUUCCGACUCAUCCAUUUCUGGGAGGCUCGGAACCCGGUGAAGAAGACACUGAUUGGCCUCGAAAUGCUCCUCAUCGACGAACAGGGAACUGUUAUUCAAGGAUUCAUCCCACCGGGGCGAAUUAAGAAGUACUUGCCUGAGAUGAAACGCGGAUCAGUUUACAAAAUCAUCAAUUUCUACGGAUUGAAAAACAAACCGGUGUAUCGGGUUGCUGAUCAUUUCGCAACCGUGUCUUUCGCAUGGAACUCUGAAAUGUCGGUUCUUCACGAGAUUCCCAUCUUUUUGAUGAAGACUGUUUCAGGUUUCAUUCAUACGAAGAUUUUGAAGCCAACUGUGAUCUCAAAGGUGACCUCUACGAAAUCCUCCUGCUUAGAUGUUAUUGGCCACAUGAAGCUGGUCGAUGGACAGACUCUUAUUGUGCGUCCCAGCCUUGACGAUAUGAAGAUCGCUACCACUCGGCAUAUUAUGAUUCAUGUGCAGUCGCAUGAUGGACCUGUGAUGAAGCUCUACCUUUGGGACCAGGCUGCAACAGACUUUUGCAAGAAAUUCAACUCCUGUGAAAACACUCCGACAGUGCUUUUGGUCACAAUUGUUAACACUAAACGUCUCGGAGGUACCCUUGCCCUAUCCUCUAUGUCCUCCACACGGGUCUUCAUGGACUAUGAUGUCCAACAAACCAGGGAUUAUUUCACCUGGCUGGGCUCUAACCCAAAGAUUGCUAAUCAAGUUAGCGCAGACGUCAUCACUAAGCGUGAGACACUGACUAUAGCAGAUAUAUUCUCCUAUAUGACUCAGGAAUCUGCAAAGGCUGCCUUUUUUGAGUGCACGGCUACGAUUGAUGAUGUUGUUCAUGGCUCUCCUUGGUACUACAUUGCAUGCAGUGAGUGCCAUUCUAAGGCUACCAACGGCCCAAGUUCGUUGAUUUGUACAAACACAAAAUGUGGGAAGGUUAACACAGCUGGCGUUCCACAGUACCGGGCAAAGAUUUCUGUUUAUGACAACAGUGAACAAGCUUUUUUUGUCCUACUUGGAGAUGCUGGCGUGAGUUGA